UCGUUUGACGAACAUUGCUUGGACAUUGAACCACUCAGUAUCGUUCAGUCCUUUUCGAAAGCAGCAAUAUGGCUGUCACGCUCGUGUUGUCGAGUCUUGUAGUUCUGGUGAUUCUCUAUCUCUUCUUGACGAAAAAUUAUAAAUAUUGGCAAAAACGUGGAAUACCUUGCCCGGAUGGAAUCUUGCCCGGUGUCGGUCAUUUCUGGGAAGUCGCCAUACAAAAGAUCACUUUGAGCGAGUACUGUUGCAAGAUCUACAAUGCAUAUCGGGAUCGCAGCAUGGUAGGAAUCUAUAAUUUCAUGACGCCGGCGUUGAUGGUCCGCGAGCCGGAACUGGUAAAGACGGUGCUGCAGACGAGUUUUACGAACUUUCAUGAGAACGGCAUGAAAAUCGAUCCCAAAUUGGACCCUCUUUUGGCGAACAAUCCCUUCUUCACCUACGGUGAAAAAUGGAUGACCGGGAGAAAGCGCUUGACCUAUGCGUUCUCCAGUAUGCGACUGAAAAUCCUGCUCGAGACCGUCAAGCAGGUGUGCCAGAUAUUCGAUGGCUAUCUGGACAAAAAAAUAGAGAAAGCUGGAAAAGUGGAGUUAGAGCUAAAGGAAUUGUUCUCCAGAUUCACCUCGCAGGUGGUAUCUAGUGCUGGUUUUGGCGUCGAUGGCUUAAGCUUCAACGAAGAGAAAGAGAAAGAUUCUUUCUACGCAAUGGGCAAGUCCUUCCUCGAUUCGACCGUUUUGAACAACAUUAUCUUCACCCUUGUGUUUUUUAUACCGGCAUUAGGUAGAAUUUUCAAGAUAAGGUUCUUACCGAAAAAAGUUGAUCAUUUCUUUAGAACGAUCAUUGCAGACGUUAUGGAACAAAGAAGGAAGGAGGCGACACCCAGAAACGAUUUUCUUCAGUUGAUGACUGAUCUGGAACGAAUGGAAGGCAAUAAGUUUGACUUAGAAAUUCUCACGUCCCAUGCGGUAUCGUUCUUCGUCGACGGUUAUGAAACUUCCAGCGCAGUCUUAAGUUUUGUAGGCUUCCAAUUAGCCAGUAACCCAAAAGUGCAGGAAAAGUUACGCGAGGAGGUGAUGUCUGUGCUGAAUAAAUAUGAUGGUGUGAUUACUUAUGAAGCCUUGAAGGAUAUGACAUACAUGGAUCAGGUAAUAAAUGAAUCGAUGAGAUCCAUACCUAUUCUGGGAUUUCUAAACAAGAUGUGCACAGAGGAGACUGAGUUGAGAGGGUCCGAUGGACUCGUCUGUCGCGUAGAACGUGGAAUGCACAUCAUGAUACCAAUUAGCGGCCUACAGGGAGAUCCACAAUACUGGGAGAAUCCCAAAGAGUUUGAUCCCGAUAGGUUUGGUCCAGAUAGAAAACACAACAUCGAGAAAUUCACCUUUCUUCCUUUCGGCGAAGGACCGCGAAUAUGCGUAGGAAUGAGAAUGGCUCAACUGCAGAUAAAAGCGUGUUUGGCUAGCCUCUUAAGAAAGUACAGCAUGGAGCUUUCUCCAAAGACACAGUUACCAUUAAAGAUGAUAUCUUCGACCUUCAUGGCCCAAGUAAAAGGCGGUCUUUGGAGCAUAAUCCGGCCGAUUUAA